UAUAACAUUUAAACUUAGUUUUUGUUCUGCCUAUCAUUCACAAUAUGAACAUGCUAAAACAAAAGAUUUUAAAGAUUCAAGCUUUUCUUUAACUAUUGAAAUUACUAGUGAUGAUGAUUAUAGUGAAGAUUUUUUUGCAGACUUGACUUCACUAAAAAAAAGUUCAGUUUGCUCUGAAUUAAAGGCAAGAGCUAUAAUUAAGUGCCUUAAUGAUAAUACUGUUGAUAAAAGUGAUGUUAAAAUUUCUUACAAAGUAAAUAGCCAUGGUCAGGAGAUGGCAUUAGAAGAUAAUAAUGAUUAUGAUGCUUUUAUUAGCGAAUGUCAAAAAUUAGAAGGUUCAAAUAAAGACAUGAUGCUAUACAUUGUGAUAAAAGAUUCAGUUAUAAGUAAGAAUUUAAUUGAAGAAGUCAAAAGCUCAGAUGAGGAGAUAAAAGAAAUAAAAACCAAAAAAUCUAAAAAAAUUAAAAAAUCAAAACCUAAUCAUAUACCAAAAGAAUCAAGUCUUACUUCUGAUAAUAUCGAAUUAGCUAAUAUUAUUUCACAACUCAGGUCUAAAUAUAAAUAUGAUAUUCACUCUACUCCUUGUUAUAAGGCCAAAAUAACAACUAUUGAAACCCUACCUACAUACCCUACAUUCGGAAUAUCUUGUGCAGUCAAAACCAAUACACAAAUAUCAGAACCACAAUUACAAAUUACUAAUACAUUAGACCAAAAAAUUAACCAAUUAGAAAAUGAAAUCAAGCAAUUAAAAAACCAAAAUUCAGAAGAUUCUAAUUUAAUUCUAACACUUUAUGAAUUUUUAGAAACAUUAGACAAAAAAUAUAAUAGUAAUGGAGGUUACGUGGCCUUAGAACUCGCAUUUGCACAAGAGGAAAUAACUAUAAAUAUCAUCAAAGACUUAAGUGCUGCAGAAUUCAUUAAAUUAGAAGUCAACAAGAUUGGGUGGCAAAGGAAUAUCAGACAGGCAGGAAGAAAAUAUUAA